AUGGGCCGGACGGACCCGGACCCACCGACCACCCCCGUUUGCCUGCCCGGGUCCCGGCCCCUGCGCACCCAGAGCCCCCGGCGCUGCGGGCCGGUGCGGCCGGUGCGGGGCGGCUCCGCCCGCGGGCCCCGGGCAAACAGCGGGUCAAUGAUUAACCGGCCCGGCUGCGCUCCCGCCGCCCGCGCGGGCCACGCGGGGCUCGGGGCCGCGGCGGGGCGGAGCGGGCCGGGCCCGAGCGGCGGCGGUUGGGACCCCGCGGGCACCGGCGUGAAGCCUCCCUGUCCCCACAGGCCUCUCCGCGAAUGGACGGCGAGCCGCCAGCCGCGCCCCAGGCCCGCGGCCCCGCGCGCGCGGGAGCGGAGCCGGGGACGGCAGCGGGCGGCCGGGGCUCCCACCGGGACAGCCGGGGCUCCCACCGGGACAGCCGGGGCUCCCACCGGGACGGCCAGAGGGCUGCCCACCCCCGGGGCUCCCACCGGGACAGCCGGAGGGCUGCCUACCCCCGGCACCCGCAGCGGCGCCCCCGCGGCCCCCGGGGACAGGCCCGUGGCCGUGUCGGUGGUCUCCAACUCAGCCUUCGCGGGGGCCCCUCCACCAUACUCGCCCCCGGACCCCAAGAGCUUCCACCUCCUCUACCCGCCGUUCCCAGCCGGCUAUGCCCAGCAAGGCCCCGUCAUUUACCCGCCGGGGCCGGGACCGCGGCCUUUCCCAGGCCCGGGCUUCCCCCCCGGGCCGCUGCCCUACAGCGCGUACCACCCGCAGCCGGGGCCCUCACCCGCCGGCCGCGGGCACCAGCGGCCCAAGGACUACACGGUGGAGUCGGUGCUGGUGACCCUCUUCUGCUGCCUGAUCACCGGGGUCAUGGCCCUCGUCUACUCCCACGAGACCCGGGCUGCGCUCGCCCGUGGGGACAUGGCCCAGGCGUACCUGGCAUCCAAAAAAGCGCAGUCACUGGUCCUCAUCAGCCUCCUCUUCGGGUUGUUUGCCUCCAUCAGCUGGAUCGUCUACGUCCUGGUGUCCCUGUACCUGUGACAAGGACCCUGAGCCCCAGGGUGCCGAGAGCUCCUUGUGGCUCAGCACCUGGGGGGGGGUGUGGGGCACGGGCAGGUGAAGUUGCCACAGCCUUGUAUAAAAAUGAGUGAAAACGAAGAGUUUUUGGGGCUGUGGGGCAGCGUCUGUCCUUCCCGGCAGGGUGAGGAGCUGCCCCAGAGCCUUGAGGCAUCUGCUCAGCCCAGGGCAGGAGGAGCCCGGAGCAGGGAGAUGCUGCAUCCUGCUGGAUCCAGCUCUGGGCAGGGAGCUGUGUGGGGUCCAUGGGCAGGAUCAGGCUCUGCUGCAGGAUGCUGAAUCCCAUUGCUCUGGGCUCUCACUUGGAGCUGCCAAUGGGACUCAGGUGCAGAGGGAGCAUCUUGUAGGAUUGGGGUUGGAGGUGAAGCAGAAGUAACAGGAGUGUGGGAAGUCCUCACUGGUCAUUAGUAGUGUGAGAAGAUACAAACUCAUGUAUGCAGUUCUACAGUAAUUCUGCACGCACACACCCCACCACACAACAUCCCCCCUGUACUGCCACCUCUUGCUGCUUCCAGACUGAAAUAAAAUACAGCUGU